UUUGCCAAUUUCGCACACACUCACACACACACACUCGCAUACGCAACUUAACUGCUUUAAAACGUAAUAUACCCACCGUUUGGAAAAUGAAAGUGAUGCGCAUACGACAUGCCAAGCUCAUUGUGGGCCUUGUAGUCAUUGCUAAUUUAAUAUUAUUCUACUAUUCAUGGAAAUCGACCAUUUGGAAGAGUCUCACAUCAACACUGAUGCCCAACGAUGGCGGUGACCGCACAGCAUCAGCUGAUAAUGAGCUGACAGGCGGCGCCACAUCUGGGCGCGGCGGUGUCGGCGGUAAAUCACCGCGUGAUAAGCUAAAGAAUGCCAACAAGCAUAUACGUAAAUCCAUAACGGUGGUAUUUCGUAGCUUUUAUAAUUUCGAAAAUGAUCUCAAAGCAUCCAUUGACAAUCUGCUCGACAUUGUACCGAACUUAUCCAUCUUAGUGCUGCUCGAGGGUGCACCCUAUCCACCAGUCUUAUAUGAGCGUAACAUAACCGCCACCAGUGGCGAGGAGAAUACGGUACGUUUUCUCAAUCUCGGUUUCGAUGUACAAAAAACGCCAGAACAAUUGAAUGCGCUCGCAGCGAUACAUACCAAAUAUGUGCUAUUCCUGCCGGAUAGUGUGCGUUUGACGAGCAAGAAUUUGCUACAGAAAAUUUUACGUGAAAUUAAUUCAGCAGUGCCAUUGGGUGCUGGCAUUGCCGCAAGAGUGCCACUUAAAGCGGCGGACGUCAAACACAUGCAGGAGGCACGUGCUUUGUUGCCACCUGUGGGACCAGAGGAGACGGUCAAACGUCUGAUAAUAGUGCCAUUCGCUGGUAAUAUGAAAUCGUUUAGUAGUUGUACACAAAUCAAUUUAGAUCUACCCAAUUGGACGAUACAAUAUGUGGCGGCUAAUAGUAGCGACAAGUGUGAUUUGUAUAUACAAAAACAUGCCAUACUCGUAGAUGUGGGCGUACUCAAGGAGCUGCCAGAUCCUUUUGCCUCGCCAUUUCCCGAAAUGUUUUACAUACAAGCGAAGUUGGCUGGCAUUUCGAAAACUGUUUUUCCCCAAGCAUUUCAAGAUGGUCGUCGACUCUUCGCUUCGUAUCAUACAAAGCAACGUCGCACCGAGAUCCGUCGUCGCCAGUUUAGAGAAUUAUAUAAAAAACUACAAAUUAAACGCAUCAUACGACGCUCGCAUAAAGUUAUCACGAAGAGUGAUACGAAAGAUGGCACCGGCGGCAGUAGUUCGCAUCACAAUCUCGUACUCGAUACACAAUUCUCGUCGUCGAAUUUCAGUCUACCGUUGGUAACAGAAAUCGAUUUAAUCGGUUGUGAACGCACGACCAAAUCUUGUGUCGGCACUGUCUACAAUAAUCGGCCCUUCUACAUUUACUUGGACAAACAUACGCCACCCUGUUGCCUUGACAAAUUGAAAUCGACCUUCAAUCAUGUACUCGAAGAAUUCGAAAAUGUCGGCAUACGUUAUUGGUUGGAUAAUCAGGCAUUGAGAACGGCAAUAGAAACGAAUCGUUUACAUCCGGAUGCUUAUGAAAUUGAUAUUAGUUUCAAUGUAAACGAUUUGGAGCGUUCGAAUGCAAUGAAGAAAUCUCAAAAUAAACCAUAUGUCGAUAAUGAAGGCUUCUAUUGGAUUAAAGCGACUGAUGGUCAUUAUUUUAAAGUGCAAUUUUCGAAAAUCAAUCAAAUUGGCGUAAAUUUGUUACCAUUCGAAAUUAACGGUAAUGAGGUGAGACCAAGCGGAUUUUUCGGUUGGAAAGCAAAAGAAUUUUCCGCAGACUAUCUGCAUCCAAUGUCCACGGUACUCUUUUUGGGUAAAAAUGUGAUGUGUCCGAAUAAUGUGCGAGAGUUUUUGGAUUUCAAAAAUGUGUAAUUCGAUAGUUUAAAUGCUAUUAAGAAAGCAAAGGAGCUUUUUAAAUACAAUUCAAAAAAGGAAUAAAAAAACUAAGAAUUUUCCGCGCAAUGAAGAAUCGCAAAACCAAAAGGAACAAACUCAGUGGGAUCGAAAUAAUGUGAUAUUAUUUUCGAAAAGCUGAAAGUGAGGUUAGAUCUGAAUGAGAAGUUAGUAAAUUAAAUAGGGAUUUAACAUUAAACUUAUUCGCUGUGCAAAGUAUUUAAAUAUAUACAAAAAUCAAUCAAAUAUAUUGAUUAAGGUACUAAGAUGCUAUGAAAUAUACAUAUAAAUAUGUAUGUAUGUAUUGGCUUAACAGAAAUGGUUAAUUCCCUGCAAAUAAAGCUCGGAGUUUAACAGUGAACAAAAGAAAAGGAAGGACAGUUUACAAAUAGCCAGAAAUUUAGUUAAUGGAAUUGUAUAUAUAUAUAGUAUAUGGGUACAAAUGUAUGUUUAUGUAUCCCUAGUAACAAAAACAUGUAAAAAUGUUAAAAUUCGAUGAACACCUACAUAUUAAAACACACUCACACAUUCAAAAAAUACAGGCCAAAUUAGAAAUUUAUACCAUGCUAAGUAGGAAAUUUGCUACAUAUAGUAGACUGCAUUAAGAAUAUUUCAUAUAAAAAUUAAUAAAAACAUUAAUAACUUCAUUAGAAAUGUACAGAAGCAAACAUACAAACAUAAGUUGUUUAUAUUUUUGCU